AUGACGGACGAGGAACGCGAAGAUGUGUGUGCGCAGAGCGAUAAAGCAUGUACGUAUGAAAGUGCAGAGAGUGAACACGAAAAACAACCUGUAACUAGCGAGAAUGUGAGACAAUUGAGAGAUAGAGAAAUAAAUAAAAAUUCUGAUAUUAUUGAAGGUACAGUAAUUGUACAUGCAGAAAAUGAUAUUGAAGAAUGUUCAAUGCGCAAGAAUGCACAUGUGAAAUUCACUCCUCUUAUGAGUUCCACGAUGGACAUGAAUUCUUGUUAUACGCAGCAGAUGAUGGACGCUACCGUAAUCGUAGAACCCUUAUCACCAAUAAAAUUAAACGGAACUGUAGUAGUUGAUAAAAACUUGGCUAGUAAUAUAGGAAAAAAUAAUGAACCUAAAUUUACAUCACGGUCGUCGAUAACAUUGCAGAAGAAGAUUCAGCAGCUGAGAGAAGUGAUGAGAUACAAAGAGUUUGAUGAAUUACUCAGAGAAGAGGGGUCGUCCUCUGAUGUGGAAAAAUCUAAAGGAAAUAUUAAGAAACAAGAAAUUAAAGAACGACAAAAGCGGCAGAACAAAUCUGCAAGAUUGAGCGAAGAUGCAGCACUCGGUGCUACAACAAAACCAUCUUCGAAGAAAAAGGAUAAAAUUACAGAAUACCAGGAAAUAAAAACCGCGUUUAAAUGAAAUUGUUUAUUCGAACCAGAUGCCAGGGUAUCUUUAAAGAAAAGAGUUAAGGCAUUUGAACAGGCAGGCAUCAACUCAACGGUAAGCUGCAGAUGAAAUAAUGAAAACCAAGCAUCAGACGAUUACAUCACAGAUAACAUUACAAACAAUAUCAAAGGAUAUUCUUCUGUUAUAAAACUAUAAAGCUAUUAUUCAUUCAAUAUUUUAACCAAAAUAUGGCUCCAAACAGCAAGGUUCAACCACUUACGUUUUGGAUAGUAAACCUGACAACGACGAAUCAGAUGAUGAAUCGAGGCCAAAGCAUACAAUUCCACAUUGGACACAAUCGCACAUACGUGAAAACCAACUAGCGAUGCAGAGAUACAUUCCGAAGAAAGCAGUCUGUAAAUUCUUUGGUAGCAGAAAAUGCUCACCAAAUUUAAGUGAAAUGUUUGAAAACAUAGAUUUAAAUUCAUUGCAACGCACGUCCAGUGCAAUACGGGAGACAUCACCGCGUUAUUUCAAGAUGGAAAACGAAGAAGAAGUAUAAUUUGUUAAACUAGAUGUUAUUGAUUUUACAUUAUGCCUAAGAAUAAGAAUAGUUAGCGUACCUUUUUAAUAGCA